AUUAAGAUGUUUAAUUAUAAUAAUUAGUAAUUAUAAUUCAUUAACUUAACUAGUAAUUCAAUUAUAAUAAUUAGUAUAUUUUUCUCGUCCAGCAUAACAAACAGCUAAGAUUUAAAAAAACAUUUUUAUAGUUCUUUUUUUUUAAUUAAUAUAUAUGAAUCAUUCGCUUUACUUUAGAUUAUAUGUAAUGUAUUGAUUUGAAGUGUAAAAACUUUUCCAUUGGUUGGAUAUAUCGUCCAUCGUUAUUCGGGAAAGUGCAAAAUGUGUUUAACAUACUGUCUGUUUAUAGGAAUAUAGAAAGCCACUGGAAUUAACUGAAAUAAAAUUUUUUUGGAACUCGGGUCACUGAAUUUAUACAAAAUACGCUAUUAUUGUUUCAUCCAUGUACACAAAACACAAAAUACAAAACACAGGCACGAAAGAUGAAAAUAUGGAGUAUAUAAAUUAUAAUCACAAAUUACUCAAUCAAUGCAUUUCUGAUAACAGACUUCACAAUUUUCUUGUCUCUUUUUCUCUCUCUGUCUCUCUCUCUCUCUCCCUCUCUCUCCCUCUCUCUCUCUCUCCCUCUCUCUCUCUUACUAAUUUAAAGGCUUUUAACCUGAUUUAUAGUUAAUAUUUCCGUAAGUUAAUUAUCUUAAACUUUCUAUGGGAUCGUAAAGAGCAAUUAUACAAAAUAUUUGUCUAGAUUGAAAGGAGAUAAUAAGAGUUUUUGAGAAAUUACAGACACAUAAAAUAAGACUUUCAUAUUAUUAAUUCUAUUAUUUUACUAUCUAUUUAUUAUUUCGAUAAGAGAAUUUUUAGAAUCGGUAAAUGUCAAUGUAAAUUUGCAAAAUGUAAGAAAGUGAUUAAUAAAACAGGUCUUUGUUAAAUUUUUUAUACAAAGAAAGCAUUUCUGAUUCCUUUGAAAUUGUCGAGUAUAAAAGAUAAACUGUUGUUUAAUCAAACAGUUCCUCCGGCUCUUUGAAUUCUUUCUUCUUAUCCUGCAGUUAAGAAUUAUUCGUAUUUGUUCUUCGUAGUAUUUAAGAGGAAUAACAUCGUUGACAUUCUUAGUGGAGAUCUUCUCAUAAAAGUAGAUAAGACGGGUGCCGUUGUUCCUUGAGCUGGAUUAGACAGUCAUCGAAAAUCGUACCAAGAAAGGACGUGAAAGAAAAAGAAAGAAAGAGAAAGAGAAAGAGAGAAAGAGAGAGAGAGAGAGAGAGAGAGAGAGAGAGAGACAGAGAAAGCACGUGAGAGGGAAGAAAAAUAGGAGAAAGUCAAACAAGAAAGAAGUUUGUAAAAAAAUGGCUGGAAACGAAGAACCUUUUUUACGUUCACUUGACAACAGCCAAAUAUCAUUCGUCAGAUUUACGAACUGUACAACACGCAUCGUUGCCCUUUAUUGGAUCGAUUAUCAAGGUCAGGCUAUCAGUUAUGGCACUUUAUAUCCAGGUAGUUACGUAGACAUCGACACUUUUGUAACACAUCCUUGGAUCUUCGUCGAUGAUGAGACGAAAGAAAGGUAUUUGGUGAACCAGAGAGACGUAUUUUUUCCCGAGCCAUGGCUGGAAAAAUGUUUGAAUGCAAGGAGGCAAUAUCUUCCACAUAGAAUCGACAGAACGAACGCCAAUAUUAUGACACCGAUGUACACACUAUUUGAAUUGUCAUUAAGAGCAAUCAAAAAUUUUCUUAAACAUAAGGAGCAAGUUUUCAAACUCGACAUUCCAAGGAGUCUUCAAUACGAGCUUGCUUCAAGGCUACCAAGCAAAAACAAUAAUGAAGAGGAUUUGUAACAAUUUCUGGAUAUCCAUGGAUCACCAAGGCUUCUACGUCUCGAUAGUACAUUCGCUUUGAGUUAACCGUUCGAUAAUUUCACUUUUUCUUUUUCUUUCUUUUCUUUUCUUUUUUUCUUUUUUAAGUUUCAAAACGCACAGUUACAUUUUUUCCAAUUGUUCUCUUCGAUCUAAUGUCGUUACACUUUAGUAAAUUUUGGAUUUUUGUUCUUCCAUUGAAAAAAAAAAAUUUGUGAGAAGUACGUUAUUGACAAUUGUUUAAAAAAUCAUUCACUCGUCGUAUCGUUACUAUUAUUACUAUUCCUCUUUCAUAUCGAUUUUUCUAUUAUUUUUUAUUUUGAUAGCUUGUAAUGAGAGAAUUCGAAUUUUCAACAUUACAUUGAUACUAUGUAAAUCCGAACCGAGUUUCAAAUUGUUUUCCAUCUCAUUUUGAAGCGGUGAAUGUGAACAAUAAAACAUUGAAAAGUUGAGGAGGGACCGUGUAUUGAGGGAAAAAUGUGAAACGAAUACUUAUCGUUGUGGAGAAAGAGAACAAUUUGAUAUCGAAAUUCUCCUUCUUUAAAUAUAAAAUAAUUAAAAUAUUAAAAUAAAUGUAACAUCUUUAAGCUUAAAGUUUAACUAUUAAAAUAAAUGUAACAUCUUUAAGCUUAAAGUUUAACUAUUAAGUCUUAAUAUAUUUUAUGGAGAAUAGUCACAGGAUAUGUGCGUGCGUGCGUGUGCGUGUGUGUGUGUGUGUGUGCGCGCGCGCGCGCGCGUGUGUGUGUGUGUGUGUGACUUAUAUCGAUCGAAUCGCUCACGUUACCUAUUUGUUGUUUAUAAGCCAUUAAUUUUUUACUUAAUCUAUAAAUUUUAACAUUAACUAUAAAUUUUUUUAUUUUAAGAUUAUAUCUCAAAGUGUAUGUAUGUAUGUAUGUAUGUAUGUAUUUAUGUAUU